GGGGAAUAUUCCGCUCCCCCCACAAACCACGCGCCCCCUCCUCCUCGCGCCGCCUCCGCGCCCCGAAUCAAAGCACGCGAACGCUAGGGUUUGCUCUUCCGCUCUCUCGCCGCCGCCGCCGAUGGCCCAGCGCUGGCGCUCGAGGGCGCGGCGCGACCCGGACGUGGACGACGAGGAAGGCUCGCCCCCGGAGCGGCGGCGCAGGGGGGCUCGAAGCGGCAGCGACGACGAGGAGGCGGGCAACGAGGACCUCAGCCUCGAGAUCGUCGCGCGGGCGGCGCGGCGGCGGCGGCGGCGCGAGGCCAGCGCCGGGUUCGCGGCCGACGCCUUCUCGUCCGGGGACGAGAUCGACGAGGAUGCCGUGGUGGAGCUCGGCGAGGCGGAUCCCAGCAGCAGGAAGCGGCGCAAGGAGAAGAAGAAGCGGCGCAAGGAGAAGAGGAAGCAGCGGAAGGGGGCGCCGCCCGAGGGCUCGCCCUCGACCGCCGCCGCCGACAAGGAGGUUCACUCUCAAGUUGCUGGGACCCAGGAGGGGCAAACUGGCACAGCACAAUCAGUGCUCACUGAAGAUGGGCCUGAUGUCCCUUUAUCUGACAAUAUUGUUUUACGGAAGCUUCUUCGCAUACCAAGAUACUUUGAUCCUGGUGAAACUUUAUUGGAAACAUGCUUUAAUUGUGGUGAGGAGGGUCAUGUAGCUGUGAACUGUCCAAUGGAAAAGCGGAAGAGGCCUUGUUUUGUUUGUGGGUUGUUUGGACACAAUUCAAAGCAGUGCACGCAGGGUCAAGACUGUUUCAUCUGCAAAAAAGGAGGUCAUAUUGCGAAAGACUGCCCUGAAAAGCACAAUAGGAAUACUCAACAGUCUACUUUUUGUUUACGAUGUGGAGAAUCAGGUCAUGAUAUGUUUGGAUGUGCCAAUGAUUAUCCACGCGAUGAUGUUAAGGAAAUAAAAUGCUAUGUGUGUAAUCAGAAAGGUCAUCUAUGUUGCGCCGACUUCUCUGAUAUUUGUCCAAAAGAAGUUAGUUGUUAUAAUUGUGCCCAACCUGGUCAUACUGGUUUGGGAUGUGCCAAGCAACGUAGGGAAGCUAGUACCGCGGCAACUCCAACUUUGUGUUACAAAUGUGGCGAGGAAGGCCACUUCGCACGUGGGUGCACAAAGAACACCAAGUCUGAUCGUAUGAACGGUGAAUCAUCUGCAUAUAGUCGGAAAAAAGGCAAAGGCAAGAAAGAUUUUGGCACUAGAUCAGCUCCUCAUGAUGCUCGCAAGACAAGUAAAAGGAAAAGCCCCUUAUUUGAGGAAAGAAGGAACUCAUCUCAUUUUAAGUCCAAAGCUAGGGGUGGUUGGAUUGCAGACGAUGCGGAUGACCAGCCAUACAAGAAGUGCAAACCCAAUGUGUGGGCUUCUCCAUCUACCCCUAAGAAGCAAUACAAUAACCAUCAGUUCUCUUCUGGUGGUGACUACUCAACUCCUCAGUCUUCAAGAUGGCAGAAACACGGUUUCGCAUCGCCGAGCGCAACUUACUCACCAAACACAAGGAAGCAUAGCUUUUCAUCGUCGAGAUUCGCCAGCAACACUCAUGUCCGGUUUGGAAGAAGCUAGCUGGAAGCUAGUUUUUGACAUUUUUUUGCCGUUCUGUUUACAAACACAAUUGAUCAUCACUUGUGCCUGCAAGGGCUGUUUCUGUAUCUUAAAUUACACAUGUGGUGCUGUCGUGCUGCUGCUGCUCAGUUCCAGCUUCCUUGCUUCCC